CCGCGAUUCCUGAGAGCGAGUUGGUGACGUGAACCCAUGGCGACUCGGCGGCGGGAGACUAGAGGCGGCCCGGCAAGAGCUUCUGUAACGUUAAAUGAAACCAAGAGAGUUAAUAAUGGCAACACAGUUCCAGAAGACUCUCCACCUGCCAAGAAAACUCCCAGAUGCCAGAGACAGAAGAAAAAAGAGCCUGUGGCUGGAGGAAAGGCUGGUAAGGACAGGAAAGAAGACGAGAAAGAAUCUGUGAAGGCCUUGCUGUUAAAGGGCAAAGCUCCCGUGGACCCAGAGUGUACAGCCAAGGUGGGGAAGGCUCAUGUGUAUUGUGAAGGGAAUGAGGUCUAUGAUGUCAUGCUAAAUCAGACCAAUCUCCAAUUCAACAACAACAAGUACUAUCUGAUUCAGCUGUUAGAAGAUGAUGCCCAGAGGAACUUCAGUGUUUGGAUGAGAUGGGGACGAGUUGGGAAAAUGGGACAGCACAGCUUGGUGGCUUGUUCAGACAAUCUCAACAAGGCCAAGGAAAUCUUUCAGAAGAAAUUCCUUGACAAAACAAAAAACAAUUGGGAGGAUCGUGAGAAGUUUGAAAAGGUGCCUGGAAAAUAUGAUAUGCUACAGAUGGACUAUACCAUCAAUACUCAGAGUGAAGAGGAAACAAAAAAGGAGGAAUCUCUUAAUAAAUCUCCCUUGAGACUAGAGUCACAGCUAGAUCUUCGGGUACAGGAGCUGAUAAAAUUGAUCUGUAAUGUGCAGGCCAUGGAAGAGAUGAUGAUAGAAAUGAAGUAUGAUACCAAAAAAGUCCCACUUGGGAAGCUGACAGUGGCUCAGAUCAAGGCAGGUUACCAGUCUCUUAAGAAGAUUGAGGAUUGCAUUCGAGCUGGCCAGCAUGGACGAGCUCUCACAGAAGCAUGCAAUGAAUUCUACACCAGGAUCCCACAUGACUUUGGGUAAGGCCUGUGCUGGUAUUCACUUUGUUCUUCUACCCAUCCAUAUCCCGUAAGUCAAUCAGCAGCAGCUAUAAUCUUUUUAAUCUUUUAUUCCUAAGGAAGUGAUCAUCUUUAAUAGAUAUAGAGCCAAAAUGAUUUAUAAGUAACUUAUUUAAUCAGUUACAAAUAUGGGAUGCAAUCUCCUGGCCCGAUUACAACCAUAUUCUUUGACCAAGUGAAAAUUACCAACUCUAGAGAAUGGAUCUGCCUAUCCAACCACUAAGUAAAACACCUUCAGGCAUAUCUCCCCCUUUUCUUAUUCUUUAAGGUGGUUAUAACCACACUAACA